AUGCGAGUACGUGUGCAGGAGCAGAAGCAGGAGGAGCUCGAGCUCCACCUUGAGCUAGCAGAGAACCAGCAGCAGGCACCGUUUCGCGUACUUUCACCGGGUGGUCGCAUCCUCUAUGAGCCACGACCUGUUUUGCGCUCGCCGCCACCAACCCGGGCACCUGAGCCCUAUAAGCUUACAUCCCAGGUCGCGGGUACUAGCCGGAGUCAGCGUAAAUCCAGCUUUGCCAUAAUAGCCGAGCCACAGCUUGCACCAUUAUCCAGACCUUCUUCCGGCAGGCUUUCGCCGUUCCGAGGUCGAGGCUUCAAGGGCCCACCGCCACGUUCAAGCUUCUCUAAUGGGUCGCGUUCACCUCCGGAAAACUCGAACCAGCGUCCCAGAAUCAUACGACCAGGCUCACUCUCUCAGAACAACAGUCCGAAACGCAGUCUUAUCCCACGAGCUGAAUUAAGUUGCUCUGCCUCCGUGAACAAGGGAACGUCGCCGAGAUUUGGUCGACGUGCGACUCACAGAUACACUUCCAGUGUUGGAAAUAGUGAUGCCAACCACCGACGGCCGUCGCAGCGAGAUUUCAAGAGACGCACAAAUCUUUCGCUCAUAUCCUCAGCUGCUAAAAAUAAAAUAUCUAACAAGGAUAUGCCAGAUAAAAUCAUACAAAAAAAUGUCGGUAUUCAGAGAAGUGCUAGAUCAGAAGAACGGCUUAAUAGAAAAUUAUUGCUACCAUUGAAAAAUGUACCAGACGGUAAAAGAUUUAUCACUGCCAAAACACCGACAUCUCGCCAUAAAUCCUCUAGCACAGAAACAUUGGAUUCAACAUCGAAGAUUCCUCUCAAGCAAGGUUCUAUUACUGGUAAUUCUGUCGGAUUUCUCAAUAAGUCAUCGUUAACCAAAUCUAAACCUAAUAUAAUGAAGGAUACUAUUAACAAAUCUGUUAACCAACCAGAAGUAACUCAAGUCCAAUCCAAUAAAGUUGAUGAAAUGUAUAAUGGAGAGUCAUCUAAGAUUGUAGCUAUUAAUCAAAAUUCAAUAAUGAAUGAGGUUAUUCAAUCAACCAAAGAUAAUGAUUUAGGUUUAAUCGACCUUUUAAAACAGUCGUCAAGUGCAACAGGUACUUCUAGCGUCGUAAAUACAACCACCACAACAGCUGUUCAACCACUUCAAAUAGACGCUUCGUCAAUUCUUGCUGAGAGUGAACUUGUCACAAAGUUAACGAAUUUAGAGAAAAUACAACAGAAUCUUGAGAUCGAAAAUGAAAACCCUGAUAGUCGAAAGUUUUCACAUUUAAAAAAACGUGAAGAACAUGAAAUAAAAUUGGAUCAAAAUCAACAGUCGACAAUGACAAAUAACAUACGUAGUCAAAUUAUGACAACCGACUUGAUAAAGGAUGAAAUUAAGGAAGAUAAUAAAGAAACUAAUUCAAAAUGCAGCAACAUUUCUCAAACAAUGGUCAAGCACUUCGGACCAAAUUCUAAUGAUGAACAGAAAAGUUCUAGUAAUACUUUACAUAAAAAUAAUGGACUAUAUCAGAUUAAUGAGACAGAAAAUGUGAUGAAUUCAGCGUUGGAAAUUGAAAAAUCUAAAGAAAAAUUAAAUAAACGACCUAUGGAAGUUGAUGAAAAAUAUCAUCAAACACCAACAUUGGUAUCAAAUCAGUUGCAAAUAGAUAAUAAAAUUAGUAUCGUAAAAAAUAUGAACAAUUCAUCAAACUCGACGAGUGAUUCUAAAAAAGAUUCUUCAUCGUCAAUGGUUAAUAACGUAAGUUAUGAAAUUAACAACUCAGAGGAAAAAACAAACAAUUCAAAUAAAGUAAAAGUGAAUAACGAGGCGUCGUUGAAAUCUCAAACAGAAGCAAUAUCUUCUGACUCUCUGGGUAGUAUUCACUCUACUGACACUGGGGUCAGUGUCAAUACCGUACGAGGAAUAUCUUCAGCGAAGGAGAAAACUGGUUUACAUCUUGUUAAACGAUCCGACGAAAUUGAAACCCUCAGCGGCAAUAUUGUUCACAUCGAUAAGAAUGGCGAGGAAGUAAUAUCGAUUGGUAUAGUCGACGGUACCAAAGGUGUUCAUAUUCCAACUUCUACUGUAACUACGAGAUGGCAGAGAUUGAAAAAUCGAUGUUGGAGUAGGUUUGGUUGUAGGGAACAAAACGGUGAAGUAAAGGAUCGGUUUGGAAGGUAUUGUGGUUGCUGGUCGAAGAUGCGUUGCUUCGCCUGCAAACGUGACCCCAAGAUUCAGCUAUGGCCUAAGAAACAAACCAAGGGCGUCUCUACAAUGAAACUUUCUUCCGAACAACGAAACAAGCCACUUAGUCAAUGGGAAAGACUUAAAAAUGCUUGCAGAUGCGCAAAAGUGCACGAGGGUCGAUGGUGCAGUUGGCGACGACACCGAUGGCAACAACAUCAGGAUCGACAAGUUGGAUCUGCAGAUCUAGAAAGGAGCUGUUGUUCAGCGAAAGAAUGUUUAGUUGAUAUCUGUCGAAAAUUUAUUUCUUGCUGUAAAUGCAAUUCAAAAAAGUCCCAACGCGCAAAAACUAUUCGCGCUAAACAUAGUUUGACCAGCGUAGCUGCUCCGCCACUAUCGGAGGAAACAAGGCCUAAAAUACCAGACGUUUUAGUCGAACAUAAUUCGCUUAUGCGAGGCGCAAUUCCUUGUCUUCCGGUACCUGUUGCUUGGUUCUGCCUUAUGUGGAAUGUUUUGUUACCCGGUUCCGGUACUAUUUUUAGUGGAUUUUUCAAUAUUUGCUUGGGGCAACCGAGAUUUUCAGCAAUUGCAAGCCUCAAAGCCCGAUUUGGUGCUUUAAUCGUCAAUUUUGUUAUAGGCAUUAGCCAAUUAUUCACUGUACUUUUUUGUCUUGUCGGCUGGGGCUGGAGUAUUUGGUGGGGUGUUAUUAUGAUACGACUAGCUAAAAAAUAUAAGCGCUACAAGGACUCGGAAGCGGUUGUGAGUGAUCCCGAGGCCAAAGGCGGUCCCGAUACUGCUACUCUUCCAACGCCAGGUGUCCCCACACGAGGUCUUCGAGGAAUUGAACGUAUUCGUUAAAAUAUUCUUCAGCAGAUUUCUUCUUAAUCGAUCGCCUAUAUAUUUUUUGAGAGAACAGGAUUUUAUAAAACAAAUCUUAUUUUAAAUUCUC